GUAAUACGAACGUUUAUAUAUAGCCCAAUGAGUCGCACGUCGUCUUUAGUCAGUCACGAAGCUUUAACCAAACCGCAUCGAAGCGUGAGCCCAUCAGCCACAAUGUUUCAGAAAAGGAUUAUCGAAUUGAUCACGGUCCUCGUGUACUGGGUGAUUAUCACCCCGACCCUCUACAAGUACUGCACGCAGAAUGGGAUCGUGAGGAUGAGCUUCGACACCUUGGUGGGCACUGUGGGUGAUCACUGCACCCUGGCCCUCUGCCUGAUGAUUGGAUACGUCGUCUUCUACCGCAUCAUCAUAUUCAUCUACAUGAAGCUGAAGGUCUGCGAUAUACGGAUGUGGGACGAGCUUCAGAAGGCCAAAACGGAUCCUGAGUCGGGUUUGGACAAGAAGUCCUAUUACCAGCCCGUCUCCACCGAGAACAUCGAUGUCGUGGACUCUGGCAAGAAGAAAAGCAGGCCUGAGACUCCAAAGAUGAUAAGGACCAUCAGCAAUCCUUUGCUCAUCGAAAGCGAUUUGGCUCGCAUUCACAUCAAGCACGAAACGCGACCGCUGGAAAGUGCCACCCUACCCAGGCUGCAGCAGGCACAGGUCCACCCUAGUCCAAGUCCCAGCCUGAGAAGUGCACCACCCGUGCCCCAAGUGCAGAAAAGUGCCACUCUGCCGAAUCAACACAGCAAAGGCGUGAUUAUGUCUCCCAAGGUUCUGAUGCCCAGACCCCAACAGGUGUAGACCGAAGUGAUUAGUGCCUAAAAGUCGGCUCAUAAUAACGACCACCAAUUUUGGUUUUAGUUUCUGUGAAAUUCUGAGCUCAACUUAAGAGGACCAAGUCCACAUCAAGUAUUAGCUACUGCCCAAAGAUCGAUAAUCGAAACCGAAUCGAACACGAAAUUAGUCAAUCACCACAUUCCAGUGUACUCGUUCGCGCGAGCUAAAGCAAUUCUUAGUUUAGUGAAUAUAUUUAUUACUAGUCAUAAGCUAGGCUAUUGUUAUCUGUGUACCUACUUAUCGUAAAUCACACGCACAAAAUGCGAGAUAAUAUUAAACU